AUUGCAUCGUCAUGUGACACGUCCCGGCGUAAUCAGCUUUUUGGAAUAAUUGUUGUGGAUAACAGUUACAAGCAAUGUCAUCCCCGGCUUCUAAGGAAAUCAGAAACAUGAAAGAUUUUUUGGAAGAAACAGAAUUGAAUUUACUUGAAUGCAAGGUUUGUUUUGAAAAGUACAGCCAGCAGCAGAAACACAGGCCUAAAAACCUUCCAUGUGGCCAUGUGAUUUGCCAGGAAUGUGUUUUAGCUCUCUGCCCUCAAGGAAGCUCAAGAUUAGAAUGCCCAUUCUGUCGUAAAGCCUGCAGAACUUUGGAGACAAGUAUCUGCCUACCUGUCCUGCACUUAAUGGAAAUGGUAACUCGGGUACUUCCUGAUCAGCUGGAAUCUCCAUCAGCACAAAAUACAAGUCAUGUAACCAAGCUGAGGCCUGCUAGUUUUAAUCUCAGUCUAUCAUUUGGUGGCUGGGGCAUCUUGUUCAACCCAACUGGCAUAGCACUGUGCAGGAAGACUGGUUGUCUAGUUGUAGCCCAUGAUGGCAAAAAAAGAAUUGGAGUGUUCUCUAUGACGGGAAAAUGCAUUCAACAGAUUGGUGUCAAAUCAGACUCCCCUAACGCAAUUGUUUAUCCAUUGGAUGUCGCUGUCACGCAAGACACCUGUAUAGCUGUGACAGAUGCUGGUGAUCAUUCACUGAAGGUGUUUGAUUGGUCAGGGAAGCUUACGCUAACUGUCAAACAGAACUUUUUGCUGCCAUGGGGCUUGUGCAUCAACCUUCAAAAUGAAGUUAUAGUUUCCGACUCUGAUGCCGGUACUCUUGUUCUUGUUGUUGCAGACUUUAAACAAGGUAUAGUUAAGAAAAUGCUCAAGCUCUAUUCCAACUUAACCCAGCCAAGAGAAAUUGCGGUGUGCCCGACCAGCGGAGCUGUGGUUGUGGUUGAACAUCUGGCAAAAGACCGCAAGAAUUCCAGCAGCACCCGAGUAAAGAUUUUCAGCAGUGCUAUGAAACUCAUACGGCAAAUUGAUAGUUUUGGCUUGAGUUUGUUUCUCCCUUUAGCGGUGCACACCAGCGGAGUCGCAUUUGAUCACGAGGGCAAUGUCUUGGUUGCUGAUGUAAAUAACAGAUGUGUCAUUUGUUUGGAUAAAACAGACGAAUGCCGGUUUCUAAAACAUGUUGUUGCUAGCGGACUUUCUUAUCCAGUGGCGCUGACAACGCUAGAGGAUGGCUCCGUUGCUGUGCUAGACAGUGGAAACCAUUCUGUGUUAGUCUAUAGCCCUUAACUGGAUGUGUUGCAUUUUGGGAAUCACGCCUUAAAGUGAUUUCCAGAUACAGGAAAAAGACCUCAGAAUAUUUAUCUUUAUUAAUAAUUUAUAGAUGUGUUAUUAGUCCUGUUCAGAAGCACAUAGGUAAGAAAUUAUAUAAACCGAGUUGCUGUGCAUGACGGCCUUUUAAGUAUGAUUGGGAGGAUGGUCCUUCUUCUCCCAUAGGAACUGCUGCUUAGAGUUAUCACUGCGAUCAAUAUCUUAAUCCUUCUUUAAGAUCAAUAUCUUAAAAUCAUAUGACCAAUAGUCAUCCCAUUACCUAGGGACUGCAAUAAGUUUAUUGAGCAACCUGACAGCACCUGCUAGGGGUGCAUGGAAUGAAAACCUUGAUCUGCACACUGAUAGAUCUCUCAUAAUUAAAAGUAUUAUAUAAAAACAAACUGAUUACUUAAAUCUACAUAUUCUGAAGAGUUUAGCAUAAGGAACAUACAUGAUAGAUAGAUAUGCUGUAAGGUUUUCAGAUAUUAUGCUUGGCUAAAUUAAGGGUUAAGACACAUGGAGCUACUAGUAGCAGCUACUUGCAGACAAUGCGGAUCAUUUACU